AUGGAAGGUAAUGAAAUGUCUCCCGGCCUAGAUCCUACUCAGCAUGAGCCAUUGAUGUGGGACCUGCUGGCUUGCAUGUGGCCGAAGAUGCCACUUCCAGACGCACGUCGGGAGUUCACUUGCAUCCUGCACAUACAUGGCAAGUUGUGGAGCUUCAGAACACACAACUACCGUUCUCAUUCGCUGAAGCUGGAUGUGUUGCAUAUGUACAGAAUGCGGCCAGGAAAUUUCAGGCUUUGCAGCUGGGCCGGCACGCUGUGGCUGACGUCUGCAGCCGCCGACCGCCUGCUGUGCGGAGUUGGCACAAACACCUUUGUUGACUGCCCGCAAUGCCUGGAGACCAGUAUGAAUUCAAACGCGAUUGACUUUUGGUGGAACUGGGACUAUGACGUAAGAGUGGACCACAGCCACCUGCCACCUCAGGUGGUGAAGAAAGCGAAGAAGACAUUCACCCCGAUGAUCUGGGGAACGAAGAUGCCUAAGGACUAUAGCUUCUUUCAUUUGGGAGGCGAGUACAUCAUGGGUUAUAAUGAGCCGGACCAGUACGGCCCUGCCUGCGCCGGGGAGACAACCGCGGGGACCUUCGGCUGUGGUGAGAAGGAUUACAGACCAGCGACAAGUGCGGGCUUCGCCUCCCUGUUUGACCCCGUGAAAGCUGCUACGGCCUGGCAGAUUUUGGUGCAGCUUGGAUGCAUGUUUGAUGUCAUUGAAGCACUGCCCAUCCACGCAUAUGGAAGAUCCGCGCAAGAGAUUAAAGACAAGCUCCAUGAGUACCACAAGGUCUUCCUGGAGGAUUUCGAAGGCACCUCCGGCAGGACGAAGAAGACGCUUUGGCUUACCGAGGUGACCAUGGGCACUAACGAGGCCGAGGAUCUCGUCACAUUCGUCGAUCAGCUGAUGAACCCGACUAAUGGCCUUCAGAAUCGGCAGCUUUUUGGAUUUGUGGAGCGCAUCAGCUGGUUCUCCGAAUGGAGUAUGGGCGCCUUCACUCUAGGCUCUUACAAGCCACACACCUACGAGGCCUGGUCCUCCAGUCUCUUCGAGCCCACCACCGGCCGGUUCACGCCGCAUGGGGCGCGGUUCAUCCACUUUUGCCGUGACAGUGGCACGAGCCUGGCACCGCCUACUCCGUCGGUGACGGCAGCCCCACAACGACUGGAGCCCAAGGCGAAAGCCAAGAUUUCGCUAGCAAUCAUGGAAGCCCCUCUUGGCCGCGCCAUGGAGAGCUACAUCGGCAGCAUAGUAGACAAGAUCAGCGAUCCAGCCUGGGAAUCCCAAGGUUCUACGGCGUCUGAAGUCAGUGCGGCUCAAGCUGCAGCCGAGGUGCCGAUUCCCAGUCCCGGUCGUCUUGACUGGAGUGAUGCAUAUGACGAGCAGCUGCAGGAAGACACCUGGAAAGGAAAUGCCGGUCGGACCUGCCUGAUGCAGCAAGAACAGGACGAUGGCAGCAACAUGCUGCAGCACUCCUGUGGAUAUCGGCCAAGGAUGUAUUUCUGGGCAAGCUUGAGAUCAAGAACACGUUUUACAACAUUCCUGUUGCUUCCUCCAUGA